AUGAAAACUCACAAGCAAGUUGAGAAGCAUUUUUAAAAGAAAAAAGCUGAUCCAAUAAUUCAGUCUCAGCACAAGUUUAAAAGUAGAAGUUAACUUAUUAUGGAAGAGUUCUAGCAGCCAGAGCUACCAGAUGAAAAGAUUUACAUGAUUGACAAAGUAGUUAGAAUGAGAGGCAAGCAGGGAAGGUUUGGUGUUGAUCACUCCGAGAUCCUUAACUUUGAGUUUGAAAUGGCAAAUAAAUACAGGAGUGAUCACAUGAAUCGCUUGGUUUACAAAUCUGAAAAUUACCCUACGCUUUAAAAUGACCCUUUCUACACUGGUGAAGCAGGUGUGGAUAAGGAAAAUCGUGGUCUUUCAUCAAUGAUUCUCUUCUAAAGACUAAGUAAAAAAGAACUUGAUGAUCUAGAUGGCAAAUAAGAUUAGCAAGAUAAUGAUUCCAAGUCUUAGUUUGAUAGAAUGAGCAAGACCAGCAAACCUGCAACUAACAGAUCAAUGACUAAUCUCAAAGAUCCAAAGUCAAUGACAUUCAACGAAUGGGUAAAGAGAAAAGAUGCUGAAAAAAGAAUGAAGCAGAGACUCAUUAAUGAUGUAAAACAAGAAAUUAGACAAGAAUUAUAUGAGAUAGCUUAACACGAACAAGUUGAGCAGGAAAUGAAAGUCAAAUAUAUGGAGGAUUGGCUAAUGCAAAAGAAACUAAGCGAAGCCUAAAAAAUUGCUUAACUUAUGGACCUCUAAGAGAGAGAAUCAAUACAGAAGUAAAUGAGAGAUAAAUCAAACUAUAAAUCCUACAAGGAAUGGCUUAAGAAGAAUAUGCUCAAAGAAAAGCAGCAAAAAUACAAGCUCAUAUAAAAGAGAUAAGAGCUAAUGGAUAAUGAAAGAGAAGAACAUAUGCGAAGAAGCAUUGAGGCUUAGAUAGAAUACAAAUAAUGGCAAAAUGAAAAGACUAAUUAGGAUAGAGAUGCUAUGAGAGAAUAGAGAAGAUAGGAAGAGAUGGAACUAGAAAGAAGAAUACAUGAGCAAUAGCAAAAUCUAAGCUAGAGUAAUUAUGGGAAUGGCCAUAAUGAAGAUUCUAAUAUGAGUUCUCAAAUGUACAGUCCUCUAAGAGUCAGACCAAAUAAAAGAUGA